UUGGUUAUGCUGGACGCUGGACUCGCCGACUCGCCCUUGCUCGAAAAACACACUGCCGCUAAGAUAUUAAAAUUUUCGCUUAUUUACUCAUAAAACACCGCAAAUCGCGUCCUCCGUGAAGCGACUUUUCGCAGAGAGGCUCGAGCACCGUUCUUGGAACUAGAAAAUCCGCAGGCAAACUGAAACAUGACCGACGAGGUGAACCCUAAGGCUUACCCUUUGGCGCCGGCCGCCCUGACCAGCAAGAUUUUGAACCUGGUGCAGCAGGCCAUGAAUUACAAGCAGCUCCGAAGAGGUGCCAAUGAAGCAACCAAAACGCUUAACAGAGGUCUGUCCGAGUUUAUUGUGAUGGCAGCGGACGCCACACCUCUGGAAAUUCUCCUGCACCUUCCUCUUCUGUGUGAGGACAAAAACGUUCCUUACGUCUUUGUUCGUUCAAAGCAGGCUCUUGGAAGGGCGUGUGGAGUGUCCCGUCCUGUAAUUGCCUGCUCUGUGACGGUGAAUGAGGGCUCCCAGCUUAAGCCACAGAUCCAAUCCAUCCAGCUUGAGAUCGAAAAGCUGCUGGUCUAGGUGACCGCUGAUCCUCUCACAUGCAUUUUAACUUUUUUUCUCAUCACAAUUCAUUUUUUAUUUUAAAUGUUUCGAGACAAAUGAAAUAUUGAAUUCUUAAUUAUUCUGUAUAUUGUGAAAAUAUAAUAACAACAUUUGACAAAA